GGGGCGCUCCCAGGCGCGGGCGGGUAGGGAGGCCGCGGGUCGUUGGGGUACCCGGGCUUGUCUCAGGAGGCCGAUCGCCCCCUCUGCUGGGGACGCUUUCGUCUGUGGGGAGUGGAUGGGGUCUAGAGUCGUGUUGUCCGAAGUGUUUGGAAGGAAAGAAGGACCAAGGUUCUUCGGACAAUGUAGCCCCGGGAGACAUUUAGUGAACUGAAGACUCGAACUUCCACCCUCAGUGGAAGGAAACAAAGUCCUGGAGUGCUUGCCCUCCCCACCUGCAGUCUGCUGCCAUGAGAUUAAAUGAGAACAUCUUGCUGCUGGGAAAGAAGGUGGUGCUGGUACCCUACACCUCAGAGCAUGUGCCUAGGUACCACGAGUGGAUGAAAUCAGAGGAGCUGCAGCGUUUGACAGCCUCCGAGCCCCUGACCCUGGAGCAAGAGUACUCGAUGCAGCAAAGCUGGCGGGACGAUGCGGACAAGUGCACGUUCAUUGUGCUGGAUGCAGAGAAGUGGCAGGCCCGGCUGAGCCCCGAAGAGAGCUGCAUGGCGGGAGACGUAAACCUCUUCCUCACGGAUCCCGGGGACCCCUCCUUGGGGGAGAUUGAGGUCAUGAUCGCAGAGCCCAGCUGCAGGGGCAAAGGCUUUGGCACCGAAGCUGUCCUCAUGAUGAUGUCUUACGGAGUGACCAAGCUAGGUCUGGCCAAGUUUGAGGCUAAAAUUGGGCAGGGAAAUGAACCAAGUAUCCGGAUGUUCCAGAAGCUUCACUUUGAGCAGGUGGCUGUGAGUAGCGUGUUUCAGGAGGUGACGCUCAGACUGACGGUGACCGAGCAGGAGCGGCAGUGGCUUCUGGAGCAGACCAGCCACGUGGAAGAGAAGUGCUAUAGAGAUGGAUUGUCAGGGUCCCAUUGACAGCUGGCCCUGUGGGCAGCCACCCUGUGAACGGGGCUGGUGGGACCACGCAGUCCAAAAGAGCCGAGCCCUGUAACAGGAGGUGAACCGUGGGGCCCUUUGGGGCUGAGUGCUCCUGACGCCACUCUAGCCUGGGGGCCUCCUCUUGGGGCCCUUAGGAUUCUGAGCUGGACUUGCCCUGACCUCCCUCAGGCUGGCAGUGUGGAUGAGCAACUCCAGGGCUGGCCGGGAGAAACCUGGAGUGGACUCUUGGGCCUGGAAUGGACGGCGCGAAUGCCCAGGAGGCAGGGUGGAGGUGGGAACGGAGGAGGGGCUAGGACCCCCCCUUUUCCCUUGGAGGGGCAGAGGCGGUGCCCUGGCCCGGAGUAAACUGCUCAGCACUUUGCCUUGCUUUCCCCUUGGGCCUACGUGGCGAGCCACCAGAAAGCCCAGCCUGCAGCAGAGAGUCCAGCGUGGUAGGGUCAUGGCAGGAGGAGCUCAGUCUGCUUUUGUCCUGCAGAAGCAGGCGGAGUGUGACCCCAAGAAGUUUGGAAAUGAACGAGCUAGGCCCUGAACAACAGGGGGCUUGGAAGGGGAGCGAGUGUCCUUUGUCCUUGCUCCUUCUCUUUGGAUCCAGGCGUGAGUUUUGGGUAUAUCUCCUUGUGGCUGAAGCACCCCUCUGCUGGUGAAGCCUGGAGCCUCUGCUCAGUUGCAGGUUUUCCCCUAGUCCUGGACAGCAGAAGCCACUGAGCGGUACCUUCCUGAAGGUACCUGUGAUCUCUUCCUCUCUGCCCCUGGGAGCAGCUGCACCUGACCAGGCCACAAGGGGGCGCUAGAGUCACAGGCUCGGGAUGGCCAGGUUGCCGGUGCUUUUAACAGGCAAAGCUGGGCCAGGUCUCCCCACUCAGAGGGAGGGGGGAUGCCCCUGGAUUCCUAACCGUCCAGUCAAGACCUGCAGUGGCUAUCAAGACCGGACAGGUUUCAAAACAGUCACGGAAGAGACCCUCGAGGGUACCUAGAGCAUUCCCAAGGGGAGGAAACCUGCAGAUGAGUUGCAGUGAUUUGCUCCAGGUGUCAGAACACUUGACGGCAGAGCCAGAACUACUGCUGAGGCCCUCAGUUCCCAGUCCCCUUGAUGCUGGGGAAUUCCACCAGCACUGUGCAGGUGAAAAAAAAAAAA